CCGGCCCGAACCCGCCCGAAUCUCUGUAGGGCCGGGCUCCGAGCCAUCAAUCCUAGACCCGAAAAAUAAAUGGGCGGACCGGCCCGGCCCGAUCAAUUCUAGGCUUGAAUUGAACCCGGCCCGAACCCGGCCCGACCCGUCCAUUUUACACCCCUAGGAAUAACAAAGAACAUGCUGGAUCAAUUAGCCUCGAAGGAUUGGUCAGAUUGGAUCAGUAAUGGAGAGCCAAACAUCCUCCAGGGAUGUCGUAGUCGUCAACAAUUUGGAUUCCCUGAAGAUGAUUAUGUCCCUUAUCAACCUGUCAGCCGCAAGUCGGAGAGCUGCUACCGUCUUGGAUUCGCUCCGAAACAACCUGCAUUUCGUUCUAGCCAUAUUGUGUGUGCCACUGCUUGCAGAACCAACUUGGUGAGCUCCCUCCUUAGACAGGAUUCACUGUCAAGUUGACUGCGUAACCAGUCUAUGCAUUCUUCUAGGGAUGAUGGAGGAGAGAUGUAGCAUGCAGAUGCAAAGAUCUCCCAGAUCACGUUGCUGAAUUCGCAAACGAAGAAGAGAUGGUCAUGAGAUUCUGGAGCUUGCUGGCAAAGAAUGCAUGCAGUGGGUGCAGUAAUGCCCCAUCUUUUAAGUCGAUCAAAAGUGGGUAAUCUGCCAAGAAAGAUUUGCCAUAAGUUAAACCUAAGGCGCGAAGUAGCGAACCUAGAUCAAACAAGUCGAAACCAUGAAACCCCCGGUGCACGAUCCCUCAUUAGAUUCUAGGUUUUUGCUGAAGAUAACUCCGUACUGUAACAGUCCUAGUUGUCUUCCAUUCGAAUCGGUCUGGGCCACCAUCCCUCGAUGGAGGAGGAAUAGAAUGGAUGUAAGAUUCGUGCUACUGCAAGAUUGUCUUUUGCCUCUGUUGCUCUGUCAAGGAAGAGAGGUUCCCCAACUGAAGUGGCUAUUCGGCUCAGGCCAUCAUGGCUGAAGAGCUUGGGAGGCACGUUCCGGAGCUCUAUCCAUGUACGAAUGGAUUUGAGAGCUGGCUUGUCCGGAUCAUGGUCCAGGUUCCAUGCCGUGACCAGUAAAGGGUAUUCACCGAUGUGCCAGAGGUCCCGACCCAAGACGUAGUUUUCCACGGACAGAUUAGGGAGUUUGAAGAGGAAAGAGCUAUUACCCAUGGCGUGAACCCGGAUUGAGGGCACCACGUACCCAAAGGAGGUUCACAAAUCCAAUAACACGACCCAUAGACGGCGGACUCCACAGAACUUGCCGAUUACGAAGAGUUCCCACUCCUUCCGGGACUCAGUGAGGGAUUCCUGCGGAAUCGUGACUAUCGGAAGACCCGAUGAGUGAAUCUGGCUCACCAAUUUUCUUUAAGUAUCGGAGUGAGCCUGAGACUUUCUGGCUCCAAGUGGGCUGAUUGGCGAGAGGGGGCUGGCAUGCUGUCACCGAGGAGCCACUAACUGGGGCAGAGGAGGGCAAAACCUGCGCCAAAGUUUCCCCAACGAUAGAUGGGAGGUACAGCGACGGAGGGAGAUUCAGUAACCCAUUAGAACCAAGGGGUUUGGGAGGUCCCUGGCAGGGAAGAGGCUGAGGGUCAGCAACUCCCAUGGUCUGCAGGUCCUGCGGAGACGAAGGGACCGAUCGAUUCCGUGGGUUCAUUACGCGAGAACCCUUGGGGGUGGGAGAAUAGGUGCGUGAGCGGAUUUUGGAUGGAGGAGGAGGGAGCUGAACGAGACAUGAUCGGGGUUUUUUCCCGGCCGUCAGUGGCCGAUGGAUUGUUGUCUGUUAGAUCGUCCGAGGCGACUUGUUUGAGGAAAUAUCGGUUUCCAUCUCAUUCCAUCAAUAUUUAAGCAAAGUAGGAGGAGCCAGUUCCUGAUAACUUGGAAGAAUCGAAAAUGGGCGCACCUAAAGAAAUAUUUCUCAAGGACUACCAGAUGCCUGAUUACUACUUUGAUACCGUGGGCCUGAGCUUCUCCCUAGAUGAAGAGAAAACAAUUGUCACCUCCAAAAUCAAGGUUCUUCCUCGAGUUAAAGGUGCUUCUGCUCCCUUGGUCUUGGAUGGGCACGACUUGAAGCUACUUUCGCUCAAAGUUGAUGGGAGAGUGCUAGAGGAAGGGGAUUAUAAGCUGGAUGCUCGCCAUCUCACUCUCCCUUCACUGCCGGCCGGUGAGUCCUUUGUCUUGGAAAUCGACACUGAGAUAUACCCCCAGAAGAAUACUUCACUAGAGGGACUUUACAAAUCCUCUAGGACCUUUUGCACACAGUGUGAAGCAGAAGGUUUCCGUAAAAUUACAUUUUACCAGGAUCGCCCUGAUAUUAUCGCAAAGUACAUGUGUCGUAUUGAAGCUGAUAAAUCACUCUAUCCUGUAUUGCUCUCCAAUGGAAAUCUCGUUGCUCAAGGCGAUCUUGAGGGCGGCCGGCACUAUGCACUAUGGGAGGACCCGUUCAAGAAACCUUCCUACCUAUUCGCACUGGUGGCUGGACAGCUGGUGAGCAGAGAUGACACAUUUACCACACGCUCUGGUAGGGAAGUAUCUCUUCGAAUCUGGACUCCUGCAGAAGAUGUACCAAAGACAGCUCAUGCCAUGUAUUCUCUAAAGGCCGCCAUGAAGUGGGAUGAGGAUGUGUUUGGCCUCGAAUACGACCUGGAUCUCUUCAACAUUGUUGUUGUUCCAGAUUUUAUGGGUGCCAUGGAAAACAAGAGUUUGAAUCUCUUCAAUUCCCAGCUUGUGCUGGCAUCUCCGGAAACUGCAACAGAUGCUGAUUAUGCCUUAAUUCUGAGAGUUAUUGGCCAUGAAUAUUUCCACAACUGGACAGGGAACAGGGUGACAUGCCGCGACUGGUUCCAACUCAGUCUAAAGGAAGGGCUUACUGUCUUCCGUGACCAGGAGUUUUCAUCUGACAUGGGAAAUCGCACUGCGAUACGCAUUGGCUAUGUUUCGCCGCUUCGAAUUUACCAGUUCCCAGAGGAUGCCGGUCCAAUGGCUCAUCCUGUUCGCCCGCAUUCUUACAUCAAGAUGAACAACUUCUACACAGUGACGGUCUAUGAAAAGGGAGCUGAGGUUGUGAGGAUGUACAAAACGCUACUAGGAAGCCAAGGAUUUCGAAAGGGUAUGGAUCUCUACUUCGAAAGGCAUGACGGGCAAGCUGUGACUUGUGAAGACUUCUUUGCUGCCAUGCGAGAUGCGAACAACGUAGAUUUUGCAAAUUUCUUGCUAUGGUACUCUCAAGCCGGAACCCCGGUUGUCAAAGUGACAUCUUCUUACAAUGCCAAAGACCGUACUUUCUCUUUGAAGUUCAGUCAAGAAGUACCACCAACUCCAGGGCAGCCCACCAAAGAACCAAUGUUUAUCCCAGUGGUUGUCGGUCUUGUGGGCUCGAGUGGUAAGGACAUGAAACUUUCUUCUGUUUAUCACAAAGGCGCACUGGAAACCAUUUCAGGCGGCAGCACAAUACUUCUAGUGACCAAGAAAGAAGAAGAAUUUGUGUUCUCUGAUGUAUCCGAGCGGCCAGUUCCAUCUCUACUGAGGGGAUUCAGUGCUCCAGUUCGUCUUGAAACCGAUCUUUCUGAUGACGACUUGUUCUUCCUGCUAGCCCAUGACUCGGACGAGUUCAACCGCUGGGAGGCUGGUCAAGUCCUUGCAAGGAAGCUUAUGCUAAGUUUAGUUUCUGAUUUCCAGCAAAAGAAGCCGUUGGUUCUGAAUCCAAAGUUUGUGCAUGGUCUUAGCAGUAUACUCUCCCAGUCAAGUCUAGACAAAGAAUUUAUUGCCAAGGCAGUAACACUGCCUGGUGAGGGAGAGAUAAUGGACAUGAUGACGGUUGCAGAUCCCGAUGCUGUUCACGCCGUUAGAACGUUUGUCAGAAAGCAGCUUGCAUCUGAACUAAAAACUGAGCUUCUAAAGGCAGUCGAGAACAACAGAAGCACAGAAGCAUAUGUUUUUGACCAUGCUAACAUGGCGAGGCGUGCUUUGAAGAACAUAGCUCUAGCUUAUCUUGCAUCACUUGGAGAUCCAUCAUUUACCGAGCUUGCCCUGAACGAGUACAAGGCCGCAACCAACAUGACUGAUCAGUUUGCUGCUUUGGCAGCCAUAGCACAGAACCCUGGUGAAACCCGUGAUGAGGUUCUUGCCGACUUCUAUAACAAGUGGCAACACGAUUUCUUGGUUGUUAAUAAAUGGUUCCGACUUCAAGCUACAUCUGACAUUCCUGGCAACGUCGAGAGCGUCAAGAAACUUCUGAAUCAUCCAGCAUUUGAUCUACGAAACCCGAACAAGGUUUUCUCUCUUAUCGAAGGAUUCCACAGAUCCCCAGUGAAUUUCCAUGCCAGAGAUGGAUCUGGUUACAAGUUCUUGGGCGAUAUGGUUGUCCGGUUAGACAAAAUAAAUCCUCAGGUGGCCUCUCGAAUUGUGUCGGCCUUUUUGCGGUGGAAGCGCUAUGACGAAACCCGACAAGCCCUUUCCAAGGCACAACUGGAAAUGAUAUUGUCAUCCAAUGGACUGUCUGAGAAUGUCUUCGAGAUUGCCUCCAAGAGCUUGGCUGCUUAGUUUAUUACACUGAAGUAAAAACCUCUAAAAGUUUUUUACUUUUUACUGUCACUGUCAUAAUCUGCAGUUUCUUGGAGAGUUUUUCUAUUUAUUUACGUAUACCAAGGUCUCUCACUCUACUUGUGACAC